UCACAUAUGAAACACUUCUUUUUCUGUUGACUACUUCUGUGUCUGUCUCUUUGAAUAUUGUGCCAAAAAUCCAGAGAGAGAGAGAGAGAGAGAGAAAUGGAGGGUGGGAAUGGGAAGAGAGCACAAGAAGAACCAGGCCCUUCUUCUGCUUCUGUUUUUGAUGCAAGCAAACAAGAAAUGACUGAAAAACUGAGUGAAGUUUUUGAUGAUGGUAGGGAAGAGGUGGAAGAGGAAGAGGAAGAGGAAGAUGAAGUUGAAGGCGUUGGGGAUCAUAAAAAUGGUGUCUUUGUUCCUGGUCCUCUUGUUUCUCUCAAGGAGCAGAUCGAAAGGGACAAGGAGGACGAAAGCCUGAGGAGGUGGAAGGAGAAGCUGUUAGGUUGCUUGGAAAGUGAUUUAGAAGAUCAAUUGGAGCCUGAAGUAAAAUUCCUCUCCAUUGGAAUUCUCUCUGAGGAUUUUGGUGAAAUAGUUACUCCUUUACCUGUGGAUGAAAAUCAGAAUGGUCGUACUCUGUUCACUCUCAGGGAGGGGUCUCGCUAUCAGCUUAAGCUUAAAUUUAGUGUUCUGCACAACAUUGUGUCUGGCUUGACAUACUCCAACACUGUGUGGAAAGGAGGGCUUCAAGUUGAUCAGAGCAAAGGAAUGUUGGGUACUUUUGCUCCUCAAAAGGAACCAUAUGUAUAUACCUUGAAAGAGGACACCACUCCCUCUGGUGCACUUGCAAGGGGUGUUUACUCAGCUAAACUUAAGUUUGAAGAUGAUGACAGAAGGUGUUACAUGGAACUCAAAUAUUUGUUCGAGAUAAAAAAGAGCAGCUAGCCCGUGUUUUCUUGACAAGUUUUUAAUGCAUCAUUUUAUCUUUCUCCCAAGAUCCCUAGUUGUAUUCUUGAACAUAUUUGGUAAUGAUGCUACAGGUUUAUAUUUGCUUACUAAUACACAAAAGGGGCAAUGGGUUCUGUUGUGAACUUGUGUUGUGAUGGCUUAUUUUACGA